AAAGACUGCACGAGCUGCUGGUGCGCGGGCUUUACUACACGUCGCACCGAGCCACCAUAGCCGUGUCCUCGGUUUCGGGACGGCGCAGCGCAGGUGCCGUACUCCUUCCUGGGGGUGGUGCCGGGGCGGAUGUGGAGCAGAAGCUGCUGGCGGACGGGUAUCGACGAGUGAGCACCACGGGGGUUAAUCCCCCCAGCGAGUGGGAGCGCAGCGCAACGGAAAUGCGGCAGCAGCGGUGGUGGACCCUGCGGAGCAUCCUGGCCGCGCCGCUGGUGGUCGAGAAAGACCAGCAGAGCGAGUACCGACUGCAGGUGCGGCACGAGCUCCAGCUGUCGCUGCUGCUGCACGGGUUCGAGCGGACCCCGCAGUUUCUGCAGGAGCAGGGGCCUCUGCUACUGUUCUACAUGGUGGCGCUCUCCGACCCUUGGGGCUUCCUCGAUCAGGCGGGGCUGGACCGGGAGCGGUUCGCGCGGUUCUUCCGCACGCAGGUGCUCGACCACUUGAAGGCCAGCAAGCCGCUCGCAACGUUGAUGGAGGCCGUGACGCAAGGCGCCUCGCACCGGGCCGCGAGACUGGAGUCUGCGCGCGCCGCGGGCCACGGAGACGUGCUACGCCUCCGGGUGUUCUACCGGCUGUUGUUCAAGCUGUGCCAGUUCCUACGGGCGUUCUUCCCCGAUCUGGAGGCGCCGGACGCAGCAGCCCCCUCGCUAUCAAAUGCAACUAGGUCGGAGUCUGGAUCAUCAGUGCACAUGCUUGUGGUCGUGCUGUUUUUCCGUGACUCAGAAGGCAUGCAGGCUCUAGCAUCACUUACAGGUAGUUUUGAGACGGCAUGACAAGUGCGCUGCUGCACUUCCGCUCAGCAUGGGCAUGAAGAAAUACAACUUUUGUGGAGUAGUAAAUUCAAGGACGGAACAUAUCAACAUCCGGCAGCACGUUGCGAUGUUUUCGCAGCUCUGCCCCUAGAAAAUCUCCUGCGUCCGAAGCUCCUUGCGGCAACGGAGCAAAGUUCUUUAUUCGAUUUGGUGCAGUCCGGUCGUAUGCAUGAAAAAAAUCCCCUGUCUCGGUAGCAAGACAUGGGUACAACUAUUAACUUUUGCUGUCCUCUAUGUGGGAGAGAUUUAUUUCUUGGUGUAGGUUGAAAUAUGCGCAUGAUCCAGACCUAGACGUGUUUACAGUGGAUACAACCCCCCGGCGGGCGGUGACGACGUGCAGGGGCUGCGGG